AUGACGGGUAUUGAUAGUCAGGUCUAUUCUGCAACUUACAGCAAUGUCCCUGUGUAUGAGUUCAAAGUGGGGUCAGACAGUGUUAUGCGGCGACGCCAUGAUGAUUGGAUUAAUGCGACCCACAUACUGAAGGUUGCUGGGCUUGAUAAACCAUCCCGGACGCGUAUCCUAGAAAGAGAAGUACAAAAGGGCACCCAUGAGAAAAUCCAGGGUGGUUAUGGGAAGUAUCAAGGAACAUGGGUGCCUCUCUCAGAUGGGCGCAUCCUAGCCGAACGGAACCGAGUGCUGGACCAGCUGCUCCCCAUCUUUGACUUUAUCCCCGGUGACAGAACACCACCCCCGGCCCCAAAGCACACCACUGCAGCAUCCUCGCGUCCAAAACUCCAUAAGAUGGGUGCUUCAGGCCGGCGAGGCGGGCGUGGUGGAUCAUUCGCUGCCGCCCACACGCGCACGCCCACUACUAUAAGUUUCAAUCACACCCAAGACACGCAUUCCCUGGUCCAACCGUCGUUCAAUGACGACGAGUCGAUCGCGCAAGCCAGCCAUGAGUCCUCUUCGGUACUGGCAGAAGAAGAUAUCGCCCAUGUGUCCCAGCGUUCCACCCAUCAUCGAAAACGGAAGCGAGAGGGUGACGCGAACGCGUUGACGGCGGUGGAACAACAACAUAUUAUGUACGGAGACGAGUUACUAGACUACUUCAUGACAGUUGGCGAUGCACCCGCAGGGAGGAGAAUUCAACCGCCUUCCCCUCCUCCGCACUUCCAGCCUGAUCGUCCAAUUGACGAUCAGGGAAAUACUGCUCUGCACUGGGGAUGUGCCAUGGGGGCUCUGGACGUGGUAAAGGAUCUUAUCGACCGGGGAGCUAACAUUUGCGGGCUUACGUCGCAUGAUGAGACCCCUCUUGUACGAGCCGUACUGUUCACCAACAACUAUGAAAAAAGAACUAUGCCGGAGCUCGCUGAAAUCCUCAAGGAUACCAUCACAUUUCGAGACUGGUUUGGUGCUACGGUUUUUAACCACCUGGCCGUGGCCACCAAGAGUAAAGGCAAAUGGAGAAGCUCCAGGUACUACUGUCAAGUAUUGAUUGCCAAGCUUGCGGAGAUGUAUUCGGCCCAUGAAGUGGGAUUGUUGCUUGCUUCACAGGAUUCCAACGGUGAUACGGCAGCUUUAACAGCAGCCAAGAACGGCUGCUACCGCCUGGCUGAAACCCUACUACAGCAGUGUCCUGAGGCAGGCAACCUUCCGAACAAGCAUGGAGAAACAGCGAAUGACGUGAUGAUUAUGCUCCAGCAGCAACAGAGUUCCCAAAGGGAUUAUCCGCACCGGCCUUCAUCUGCAACGCAGCAAAGUGUUCAAGAUGCCGACACUUUCCACAUUGGGUCUUCCGAUACCGUUGUCCAGUCCCGGCCACCGGCGGCCAACGAGCUUACAGCAUCUUUACUCCAGAGAAUAGGGUCAAUUAUGGAGGACGCGAACAGUAAAUUGGCACGUGCUUAUGGGGAGGUGAGGUCGUGUCCGCAGAACUUCGACGGUAGUAGCCAUCCAAGGGACAUAUACGAGCAGCUGGAAAUAGAACGUGGGAAUAUCCGCACUGAGAAGGAAGAGAUGUUAGCCAAAGAAUCAGAAUUGGAACCGUUCGAGGCGCUGGCCGCGCGUCACAGCACCGCGAAACAGCGUUACGAGUCAUCGCUGCAACUGGCACAAGACCUCAGCCUGAGCCAGAGUCUCCGGAUGGAAAACGGCGACAUGGGUGUGCAUCAGGAAGUUCCGCCAUCGGACCUGGAUACUACAGACUCUACUGUACCUCCCAGUGAAGAAACACUCCGCCACAAGAUCAGUCUGCUGCGCGAUAUCGCCGCGGCCGAAUUGAAUCGCGGCAAGGGCGCUCGGGAGAUGGUCUCGCACCGGGCGGACGCGGGGCCAGACGCCCGGCUGAAUGUGCAUCGACGACUAGUGUCACUGGCCACGGGGCUUCCAGAAAAGGACCUUGACCCCAUGGCGAAAGAUUUAGCCAGCAACCUUGAAUUCGCGCGAGCCAACCAGAGCCGACCAAACAAGCCAGCGUCCAACGCCGGCGCGCAGGUGGCGCCGCAGCCGCUCCAGGAGGCAGAUUUUGGCGAUCGGGCUGAGGGUUAA